AUGGACUUUGACAAAUCACUUUUAAAGCCGUGCCCGGUGUUGUAUCCGACUCCGGAGGAGUUCGAAAGUCCUAUUGAAUACUUGUCUAGAAAUGACAUACUGGACCUAGGAAGCAAGUUCGGCUUGGUCAAGAUCGUGCCUCCCAAAGGCUGGAAACCACCGUUCUCCAUAGCUCCGUCAUUCACUUUUCACACCAGAACUCAAAAACUCAGCGAUUUGGGCAUCACAAGCCGGAGUCGCAAGUUCUUCAUCGAUAAUCUUAACCGAUUUUUCAAGAUGUCGGGCAAUAGAUCCAUUAAAUCUUGGUUCCCGUGCGCCAAUACUAAGGUCUACUACUACGACUUGUACCUUGCCAUCAACAAGCUCUUCCACGGUGAAACAAACUUGGAUCACAUUUCCAGCGAUGAUUUGCACAAGCUUAAUCUUUUGUUUGGCGUAAAAACCGAUAGCAGGGUCCUUCUUGAUGAAUACAACACCUACAUAAGGGCUUAUGCAGAGUAUCUCUCCAGCAACGGAGAACACUUCGAUUUUCCUGAAAGUGACCCUGAAGAUGAUGUAGGAGCAUGUUUGAUUUGCCGGAAAUCAAACUCCCCCACCCUGACUUUAUUGUGUGACAAUUGCAACAAUCCCUACCAUAUGAGAUGCCUACAACCUCCACUAGAAGAAGUACCGGAGGGUACUUGGUACUGUGACCGUUGCCUUAUAGGUACCGGAGCAUACGGCUUUGAAGAGAACCCCGAGGUCAAGUACAAUAUCUGGGACUUUGUUGAGCAUUGCAAAGAGUUUGAGCAGAACUUCCUCAGCACUUACAGUCAGGAAGGGAAGUCAGUAACACUAGAUCAAAUCGAGAAGAUAUUCUGGACGUUGGUGGAGGCUGAGAAUUCUCAAUUGAAAGUGAAGUACGGCGCCGAUAUUCACAAUUUGCGACCCGGAGAAAUCAGUGGGUUUCCCACUGUGGAGAUGCCCCAAUCUCCCUACGAGCCAGAGUCCGACACCUCUCCAUAUAUCAACCAUUCAUGGAACCUCACACGGCUCCCGUUUGCGAAGGGUUCUCUUCUCAACUUUAUCGACUCUUCCAUAUCAGGAAUGACUGUGCCAUGGAUCUAUGUGGGCUCACUCCUAUCCACAUUCUGCUGGCAUGUAGAGGAUCACUAUACGCUUUCUGCCAACUACUGCCAUUUUGGAAACAUCAAGAAAUGGUACGGAAUCGCCAGCUCGCACGCAGAUGCUUUUGAGUCGCUAAUGAAGGCUUCUGCGCCAGAUCUAUUCCAAAGACAGCCAGAUUUGCUCCAUCAGCUCGUGACGCUCAUUUCCCCCACUAAGUUAGUGGAGAAGGGCAUACCUGUGGUAUACGCAGAUCAGGGCCCCAAUGAAUUUGUAGUGACCUUUCCUCGAGUGUACCAUGCUGGCUUUAACAGUGGAUUUAAUUUCAACGAAGCCGUCAAUUUCACCAUGAACUCGUGGCUCAAUUUCGGUGAGCGAUCUAUCCGUGAUUACAAGGAUAUUAAAAAGGAGAAUGUGUUUGACCAUUUCAGACUUGUGGAGAAUAUCAUGAUGGCAUAUGUCAAGUCGGAGAAGGAGUUUGCCAACUCCAAAGAAUUGGUUGGCCAGUGUAUCCGGACAUAUGAGCAGUUUUUGGAUAAUCAGAUGAAGCUAGUGGAAGAUUUGGACAGUGAACGGUUUGAUAAGGUUUCUGUGAAAGAGCAGGUUCCAAGGAUGCUACCAAUCACCCCAGGAAGAGAAUCUCGGAUGACAUCAAUGAAGAAGAUGAAGCUUGCCAAUGACGACGAGGAAGAGAACCUCUGUGACGUGUGUCGGACAUAUGUGUCGUACCAGUAUUGCGAGAUCAACAACCACCACCAUAGAUUUGGCAGAUGGUACCCGGGCAGACCCAAGCGAAACGAGACAAUUCUCACAGUGAACAAGUUGCUUACGCCCAGUGCGUCGCCACGUACAGACAUAAAAAGCGAGGGCCCAGCACACGAUGUGGCACAGUCAGAAUCUGCGGGACACCUUGAGUUGUUGCAAGAGAGACGGCCUGUCAACGACGAAUUUGAUGAGCUCAUAUCGCAAGCCAGAAAACGAGCCCAAGACAGCGAAGAGUCAAACGGGCAGAAGAGGAGGAGACAUUCAAGCCGUUUCCAGAACAAAAGCACGCUGCCGGAGUUGACGAAGCCAGAGGUAAAACUGGCGGAGGUGAAGGAGACGAAACGGGCCAUGAAGAAGGUGCGGUACAACUCUUUGUUGCGGCACCUCAAUCAGUUUGACAGUGUAAAGUUGUGUUUGAAGUGCACGGUGCAGAUGUGUGGCGAGCGGGGAGAGAAGGCACCAAGAGGCUCACAGAUUAUUUUUGAGAAGAGUUUUGGAGACAUGCAGAGGAUAUUGGGGGAGGCCAAAACGAAGUAUGUUGGCGAGAUUUCGCAGCCAGUGUGCAUGAAGUGA